UUAUUUUCCAGAAGGUUGGAAGCUUUAUUAUUAAUUGAUCAGGGGAAAAAAUAUGAAUGAUUUUAAUUUGAUAAAAAGUUAUUUUCCGAGGUUUUUUCAAUUAUCAUCAGUGUCAGAGUUCAGGGAUUACGAUCCAACAUUUACAAAUCAGAUUGAUCAGUUGAAGAUACAGAGAAACAUACCAUCAACCUAAUGAUCCAACAAAAGAAUUAUUACAAUUAAGUUUUAACUCAAUUAACAUGGCAAAUAAAAUAUCAUUUUUUGCUGAGGUCUUCGCGUUAUGUCUCAUUCUUCAUAUUUCAACUGUUUCAGCAAUUUACUGCUUUCAAUGUAACUCUUUGUUCAAUCCUGAAUGCGAGAAUAUUCAGCCAAAUGAUACUUCCAGUGAACAUUACAAGCUUUGUGACCCAAAUGAAGCUGUAGGCAAGGAAAUAUUUUGUAGAAAACUAGUACAAACAAUUUAUGAUAGAGGAGGAAUGGUACGUGUAAUAAGGAAAUGUGGAUGGGAGAUGCAUAAACGAGAUUGCUAUGUUGUAUCAAAUAAAGGUCAUCAAGAUGUAAGCUGCCAAUGUUUUCAAGAUGGUUGCAAUGCUGCGAGUCAUGGCUACACAAAACCAACUUAUUUACUAUUAUUUCCCCUGAUUUGUUUAUAUUUAUAUAGAUAACAAGUUUUGAAUUUCAGUAUUUUUAGUAUUUUCACUCCAAUCAUUAUAGUUUUUUUUUUUUGUUUUUAAUCAUCCAAUAAACUUAAUUUUGGAUUUGUAAAAAGAAAUGGCCUAGAUGGAAUAUUUAGUAUAAGUUCAAUGUUAUGAGAAUAAAAGCGUGUAGUAAAACACAUACUUUUUUUAUACUAAUGAGAAAUUUUUACACAUUUAUUUAUUAACUAAUUAUAAACUGAUGUUAAAUUAAGAAGGUUUUAUCUAUAUAAGGAAAAUAUAUUAUAUAAAAGUGUUGUUGUUUUUUAGUGAAAGUUAAUACAACUCUUAAAGGUUAACCAUUAAUACUGUAUAACUAGCAUUGAUUUUGUCGUCUGGAACAUGCUUCUUGUGAUAGGUCAACCAUUCUUCUACCAUGAAAUAUAGAUGGAUGGGGAAUCGUAACACUUUACAUUGUCCUGGACAGUAAACAACGUCGACAGAAUUCACUUCUGUAAAUGAAUAUGCUAAGCCUUUGCAAAGGAAAACUGUUUCUAAUAACUAUCACUUUAUUGAUUUAUUCUGAACUAGGUAAGUGCUAGUAUAUAAAAGUAAAUAGUAAUUUUUUUCUAUUAUUUCUUGACUUUAAUUUAUAAAAAAAAAAAUAAUAAGAAUAGAACAACAGACAUAACGAUAUAAAAUAAAUUAGAUUAGACUAGUGGAAAAACAUAAUGGAAAGUUUUUGUUUAAAGUGAUAGUCAAUCGUCAGUAUGGUUGGUACUAUAUAAAUUAGCACUAUAUAAAUUUAUAAAUCUAGAAUUAUAUAUUUGUAGCACUAAAUAAAUUUUUGUGAGAGAUUAUUGAUGAUCCUCUAAUUUUUAAUACUUGUUCUAAUUGUGCUAAGUUUUUCUUUUUACUUUCUGUUUCCUUAAAGUAUAUUUUUCUUUAAUUUCAUUUUUUUAUGAUCAUCUUGUGAAACAUAAAUUCCAGUUUUUAAUUUAAAAAAUAUAAGUCAUGGAUCUUCAAAAUGGUAGGUUAUUAUCAAGUUCAAUAAUAUAAAAUGUACUGUUCUUUACACGAUAUAUUUUAAAUAUUAUUUUAGACAAAUUAUAUAAUUUAUACAUAUACAUGUUAUCAAUGUAAGUAGUUGAAGUCAUAUAUAUAGUGGCUUCAAUGGUUAAUUGAAAUGAUGAACAAAGAUAAAAUGAAUUAAUUAUUCAGAACCAGAAAUCUUAAUACUUUCUUUGAUCAAUUUAAUAAAAUAAACCCAUGUGUAUACUAUUAAUAUGUGUAUUUAAGCUAAUUUAUUUAAUAAUGCACAUUGUAGGAUUGAAAUAUAUCACUCUUGUUUUUUUUAUAAAUACCAUGUCACAACAGUCACUAUUAAUCUCAAUACGUUGAAGAAGUGAAACUUAUUUCAAUUUUAGCCAUAGCUUGGAAACACUGUCCCAGUUUUUUAUUCUAUUACAAUGGAAAUUUAUCAGAGUUCAUUGUUCUUUGUUUUAGUAAGCAUACCUAAUAUUUUUCACCGUAGUGGUCAUAUACAUUAUCUGAAAUAAAACAUUUAAUUAUUCUUUACAUUUAAAUUAUCUCGUUUUAAUAUAAAUUUUAAUAAAUAAAUCCCAAGAAUUUUUACCUAAUAUACCUAUAUUUUGAUCUUGCUCGCUCAAGGUA